GCCGCUCCGCCGCUCCGCCGCCGCCGCCGCCGCCGGGAUCGUCAGGCCGGAGCUGCGCGGCCGUGCGGGCGGCGGGAGGCGAGCCGGGCUCGGCGGCCGGGAGGCUCUGGGCACCUGGACCGGCGGGGUCCGCCGGGGCCGGCAUCGUGCGCCCGGCGGCGGGAGGAAGGAGCGGCGCAGACAAAGAGCGGCGCCUGGCCGGGCGCGGUGCGGCCGCCGCCCCGGGACCCGCGCCGCUGCCCUCCGGCCUCGGCGGUGCGGCCCUCGGCGAGGUUUCAUAGGUUCCUUUUAUGCAAGCAAUGUCCCAGAUGCAGAUUCACUGAGAUCUGAGUUGGACUCGAGAGUUUGUCAGAUCUCCACAUCUUUGUAAGUCCAGUGGUGACAUCAGCUGAAAACCUCACCUGUGUUUGCCAGUCACCUCCUGUUGCUGUGUGCCAAAGACGGACUCCAUGAAAGAUGACAGAAGAAGUUAUAGUCAUAGCCAAGUGGGACUACACGGCCCAGCAGGACCAGGAGCUUGACAUCAAGAAGAAUGAGCGCCUCUGGCUGCUGGAUGACUCCAAGACGUGGUGGCGGGUGAGGAACGCGGCCAACAGGACGGGCUAUGUGCCGUCCAACUAUGUGGAGCGCAAGAACAGCCUGAAGAAGGGAUCCCUGGUGAAGAACCUCAAGGACACGCUAGGCCUCGGCAAGACGCGCCGGAAGCCGAGCGCGCGGGACGCGUCCCCGACGCCCAGCACGGACGCCGAGUACCCGGCCAACGGCGGCAGCGCCGCCGACCGCAUCUACGACCUCAACAUCCCGGCCUUGGUCAAGUUCGCCUACGUGGCCGAGCGGGAGGACGAGCUGUCCCUGGUGAAGGGCUCGCGCGUCACGGUGAUGGAGAAGUGCAGCGACGGCUGGUGGCGCGGCAGCUUCAACGGGCAGAUCGGCUGGUUUCCCUCCAACUACGUGCUGGAGGAGGUGGACGAGGCGGCCGCCGAGGCGCCCAGCUUCCUGAACCUGCGCCGGGGCGGCGGCGGCGGCGGCGGCGCCGUGAGCAACGGCCAGGGCGCGCGGGUGCUGCACGUGGUGCAGACGCUCUACCCCUUCAGCUCCGUCACCGAGGAGGAGCUCAACUUCGACAAGGGGGAGACCAUGGAGGUCAUCGAGAAGCCCGAGAACGACCCCGAGUGGUGGAAGUGCAAAAACGCCCGGGGCCAGGUGGGCCUGGUCCCCAAGAACUACGUGGUGGUCCUGGGCGACGGGCCCGCCCUGCUGCACCCCGCGCGCGCGCCCCCCAUCAGCUACGCGGGGCCCGCGGCCAGCGGGCGCUUCGCCGGCCGCGAGUGGUACUACGGCAACGUGACCCGCCACCAGGCCGAGUGCGCGCUCAACGAGCGCGGCGUGGAGGGCGACUUCCUCAUCAGGGACAGCGAGUCGUCGCCCAGCGACUUCUCCGUGUCUCUCAAAGCAUCAGGGAAGAACAAGCAUUUCAAGGUGCAGCUCGUGGACAAUGUCUACUGCAUUGGGCAGCGGCGAUUCCACAGCAUGGACGAGCUGGUGGAGCACUAUAAGAAGGCACCCAUCUUCACCAGCGAGCACGGGGAGAAGCUCUACCUCGUCAGAGCCCUGCAGUGACAGUGGCGCAGUGACCUCGCCGUGCCACCCCCCCGACUCCGGGCCUCACCAGAGCCGCUGCCCACCCGGCCCUGCCACCCACCCGGGCCCCAGCCUGGAUCGGCCUCACAGCUGAUGUUUCUGUUCGGCUCCGUUUGUUUCACAUCUGCCACCCCGGGCCCUUACAGCCUCGUGCUCGCCCACCGAGAGGGGCAGGUAGAGGGGCAAGCUGGCCUGUUCACUUUCUUUUUAGUUGGAAGCAGCUGUUGGUCAGUAGGGCCUCUUGAAUUGCUCAUGUCGUAGAAUCCCCACUGAAAGGCAACGGGUGCAGCUGGAAACGCAAGGCCGUGCUCGAGGAGCGAACCUCAGCCCCUCCGAAAGCCCAGCCGAGGGCCGAGGCUCCCCCGUGGCCACACAACGGUACAGGCCCAGCCGGCAGCCCUGGUAGCAGGCCUGUGCCCCCCGGGGCCUCCAGACCCUACCAGGAAUCCGUGCAUUUGCAGAGCAAUAUUGGAACCACAGGGAGGUGGCAGUAAGGAGACUGUCAGUGCCUUUGAGGCUGUGAUUGCAAUAAUGAAGACUGUGACGAGAGUUGACAACAGAGAGUGAGCCCUGUCGCGGAAAGACGUGUUGUGGUGAUUCCGCCCUCGUGCCAUCCAUAUAGUGCUUUUUUUUUUUCCUCUUGCCCUUUGGCUUGUUUGAAUUUCACAAUUGCGUAUUUGAUUCUCAAAGUAAUAGGUAUCUGUAGCCUUUUGUUGACACUAAUAACAGAUGAUUAAGGAAAACAGCUGAUCUUUGGGGAAGGGGAGCUACCAAUACUUUAUAUAUCUACACUAUAUAUAUAUAUAUAUAAUAUAUGUAUAUUAUAUAUAUAUUAUUUGCUUUACAGGGAAAUUUUUCAGGGUUUACAAAAGAAUAUGUGAUUGGUAGUAAGAGACACAGAAUGUUUAUGAAAAUACUGCAUUUUCUUUUUUUCUUUACAUUUGGACUUCUUUCUAGUUUGAAUAUACAGUCUUGAGAUGGCACAUUCCUACGAUUGAAGAAGGGGCGUCUUGAGACCCUCUAAACUUGCAUACCCAAGAUUUUUGGAUAUUGUAAUAAAAAAAAGUAUUAUGACAAGG